AUGUCCACUGUCGUUGGCAGCCCUUCGGGACAGCACACGCACACGAGUUCUAUCCAGCAAAGGGCGUCCCCGACCGAGAUCGCGACACAGCAAGCCGAGUCGCGGCCGUCUCUUCAGCAGCCAAGGAGCCCUUCGCCAGGACGUUGGGAUGGCCAGCAAAAUCAAUAUGGACCGGGACGGUCUUCUCCGCACAAGAAGCUUUCUUCUUCCCCGGGUACUUCGUCGAGAGACCCUUCGCCCAGCAGGCAACCAGGCGUCCAGACGGGGCAAGCCCAAGGCGGUCGACCACCCGCACCUGCAAAUCAGCCGCCACCUGUGCCAGCCCAGCAGCAUCAGCUCCUGUCACAACAGCAGUACCGGCAGCCACAUGCACCUGGCGCAAUCGUACCGAUCAGGCCAGCUUUUGCUCGGCACAACACCGAUGUGCGGAUUCGAGACGAUGGACCUCUGCGCCAGCCGUCUGGCGACGAGGUUGAACCGCACGCGCUGGAUGCAGUCACCUUGGCAGACAUUCCACAGUUGCUGGAGGCGGAGCAGUUGCGGGAGCAGCGGAGAGCUCUGCCAGAGGGCGUUCGAAGCAUUGCUGAGCUCUCUGCGCUUGAGCUGUUCAUCGUGAAGCACAUGGCGGUCAUGAUGCUACAGCAAAGCGCACUGAAGGACCUGGUCAAUUUGGAUGAUCUUGUCGACGUCAUUGACAUGCGCAAAAACACCUUCUGGGGUAAGCUCUUCAAGGGAGGCAAAGACGACAAGAAAGUCAAGAAGAAGGGCGUUUUCGCCAUUCCUCUGGAGAUCCUCGUCGAGCGGAGUGGCGCUGACUCCACGCUCGGAGCUUCUGCCUCUCAGCUGCGUAUUCCUUCCUUCGUCGAUGAUAUCGUCUCCGCGAUGCGCCAGAUGGACAUGUCUAUUGAAGGCAUCUUCCGAAAGAAUGGCAACAUCCGACGCUUGGCGACGAGUGCCGAGGCAUUGGACAGGGAUAGUGCCCAAGUCAAUCUUUCAGACGACAAUCCAGUGCAGCUUGCAGCUCUUCUGAAGAAGUUCCUGCGCGAGUUGCCCGACCCCCUCUUGACUUUCAAGCUUCACAGGUUGUUCGUCAUGUCUCAGAAGCUAGAGCCGGAAUCGGAACGUCACCGCAUCAUGCAUUUGAUCACAGUGCUUCUGCCAAAGCCGCACAGAGAUACGAUGGAAGUUCUGUUCGUCUUCUUGAAGUGGGUCGCUUCCUUCUCUCACAUCGAUGAGGAGACGGGUAGCAAGAUGGAUUUGCAAAACUUGGCGACCGUGCUGGGCCCGAAUAUCCUGUACUCCAAAGGAACGGACCCAGCCAAGGACGAGACGUUCUUGGCCAACCGAGCUGUCCUCGAUCUACUCGAGCACCAGGACGACUACUGGCUAGUGCCCCCAGGUCUGGAUGUUGCUCUCCAAGACCGCGACCUGCUCAACAGCUCUGCCGAGUUGACGUCGAGGGAUAUUCUCAAGAAGUGUGAGAAGCACGCCAAGAGGGUGAGAGCGACGACAGUAUCGACGCCGCAGUACACUCGACCGGUCGCUGUUCCAGCUCAAGGCUCGAAUCGAUGGGGCGAUAG